AGAGCGACCGUCGACGAGCCGCACGUUCAGUAAUUUGUUGUUCCCGCGCCCAAAGUACAAGGACCGAAUACUCACUCACUUUGCUGGAAUGAAUUGCUCCAGGUCGGCCAAUCAGCUGGUAUUCCUUUGAGCAGUCGAAUAAGAGAGGAACAACAAUAUGACAGAGUCAAAAUCUGCGGCAAGUGCGAAAAUUCCCGCGGUAAAAGCGACGGACGACAAGAGAUCAGAUGUGUCUGCUCCACAACCCGCAAAGAAAGAUGCUGUCAAUACUUCAGAAGUCAACGAGGACUCGGACAAUUCACCGCUGAAUGUCUUUCUGAUUACAUUUAAGGCCGCACGUACCCAAUGGGUUGCUAGGCAGGUCAUAAUCAUGAUCUCGCUCCUUUACCGUCUCGGGGUUGGCUUGGGUCCUUAUUCGGGCAAGGGGACUCCUCCAAUGUAUGGUGAUUUUGAAGCCCAGCGACAUUGGAUGGAGAUCACAUAUCAUUUACCUGUGAGGGAAUGGUACUGGUAUGAUCUUCAAUAUUGGGGGUUAGACUAUCCACCUGUGACCGCAUAUCACUCGUGGAUCCUUGGCUGGAUUGGAUCCAAGGUAAACUCCUCCUGGUUUGAUCUGGAUACCUCGAGAGGCUGUGAAGACCCGAACCUGAUUUCGUAUAUGCGGAUGACUGUCGUCGUCAGUGAUCUUGCGGUAUAUAUACCCGCAGUAUCGAUGUUUAUCCGCUGGAAGAUGAAGAGCGCCAAACUGUCUCCUUUUCAUCACAGUAUAUCCACGGCCGCAAUCCUACUGCAGCCUUCGUUGAUACUGAUCGAUCACGGACAUUUCCAGUACAAUUCGGUCAUGCUUGGCCUAGCUCUGCUGGGCUUUACCAAUAUUCUAAAAGACAAGCUUGUCAUUGGCUCUAUAUUUUUUGUUUUGGCAUUGGCUUUCAAGCAAAUGGCGCUUUACUACGCUCUCCCAGUAUUUGCUUACUUGCUAGGAAUAUGCAUCUUUCCGCGUAUCAAUAUUCCGCGAUUUUGCUCGCUAGCCGUAUCUGUUUUGAUUUCAUUCGCGGCAAUUUUGGCGCCUAUAUCUUUCAGCAAAGGAUUUGCUAUUAGAGAUGUUUUCACGCAGUCUCUACAGGUUGUCAUCCGCGUUUUCCCUUUUGCGCGAGGACUCUGGGAAGACAAGGUUGCCAACUUUUGGUGUGCUGUUAAUACAUUUGUGAAGCUGAAAACGCUUCUUCCGUCGGAAACUCUUCAGAGGUUAAGUUUGGUUAUGACACUGAUAUCGGUUCUCCCGGCCUUUACCUUAAUCCUUCUCCAUCCGCGAAAAAAGGCACUCAUCUGGGGAGUCUCUGCUUCAGCGUGGGGAUUUUUCCUCUUCUCGUUCCAGGUGCACGAAAAGAGUGUUCUGCUGCCUCUCAUGCCAACUACUUUGUUGUUGGUGGGCGAGACGGAUUUGAAUGUCCAGAGUUGCAUUUACUGGAUCAAUAAUAUUGCCAUGUUCAGUCUUUUCCCGUUGAUAAGAAGAGAUGGCUUGGUCAUGCAGUUCUUCACCAUCUUUUUCCUAUGGAACUGGCUAAUGAAGUCAUUUUCCAAAGCCCCGAAAUACUUUCUAGGACAGCUUGUCGUGAUUUCGUCAUAUCUUGCGGUAGCCGCUCUACUGAUACUCGAGCUAACUGUCCCACCACCGGCACAAUACCCUGAUAUAUGGGUGGUCGCGAACGUCACAUUAUGCUUCGGCUGCUUCUUUCUGUUUGCGGUCUGGAAUAAUUACAAACUGUACAAAGCUUGCAUUACGAAAUGAUAGAAGUUCAAGGAAGAUGAGGAUGACUAGUCAGCUGUACAAAGGCAACACCCAAUAGCUGGGUAUGAUGGACUCUUUCGGGGAAUACUGCAUGUCGAGGUAGAGCUUGAGAUAUAGUAGUCAUGUUUAUAUGUACAAUCUAUUGAUCGGUACGCCGACACCGAUACGCCAUAAUAUACAAAAUGCAUCUGCAGAGAGGAGAGCCAACAAAACAAGUAAGAACCACCACUGAUUCACGAUCUAGACAUUGAAUCCGUAUCCCUUCAUGCAGUUUUUGUACUCCUGAAUCAGAUCAGCGCACUGCUUGCGACCGUCUUCGCUGACGAGCAUGCACUCAUCCCGAGCUUGCUUCUGAUCGAGACAGACGCAGCACGGCUUCGGGCGCUCUGUGAUGAGAUAUUCGUUAGUACUUGAUCAAACACAGAGUGAUUAGAAGAUAUUCG